GAAACACCUCGGGUCAAUCUGUAAUGCAAUACCUCCGUGUGACUUUUGGUUAUUAUAUUGUCAUUUCUAGGAGCCGACCGUACAUGGCAUCUUUGUGAUCUUUUCCUUUAUAUCCACUGUCACUGCCGCCGUCGUUCGAUUUUACUCAGUUCCGCUAGACUUUUGCGCCGUGCCAGUUCGCUAGAAGUGUUACAGAGAGAGAGAGACCCGACCGUGUCAACCCUGCGCAGGCACAACCAUGCCCUUCAACACUGAACUCACCCGCCGCCUCGGCAUCAAAGUGCCGGUCGUGCAAGGUGGUAUGCAAUGGGUCGGAUACGCCGAGAUGGCCGCUGCGGUGUCCAACGCAGGCGGACUGGGAAUUCUCACCGCCCUCACCCAACCCACCCCCGAAGACCUACGCAAGGAGAUCCGACGAUGCAGAGCCAUGACCAAGAACCCUUUUGGCGUCAACAUCACCCUCCUCCCGACCAUGAACGCCCCUCCCUACGGUGAAUACGCGCAGGUCUGCAUAGACGAAGGGAUCAAGGUGGUGGAAACCGCGGGAAACUCCCCCGGGCCCGUCAUCAAACUCCUCAAGUCCGCGGGGAUCAUCAUCCUCCACAAGUGCACCACGAUCCGCCACGCCCAGUCGGCCGUCAAGUUGGGUGUCGACUUCCUGUCCAUCGACGGUUUCGAGUGCGCCGGCCACGUGGGCGAGUCGGACAUCACCAACUUCAUCCUCCUCUCGAGGGCCCGCCAGACCCUCAAGGUCCCCUUUAUCGCGUCCGGUGGCUUCGCCGACGGCCAAGGGUUGGCGGCCGCGCUCGCCCUCGGCGCCGAGGGCAUCAACAUGGGGACGCGGUUCAUGUGCACCGCCGAGGCUCCGAUCCACAACAACAUCAAGCAGGCCAUCGUCGACGCUUCGGAGCACGACACCGAGCUCGUCCUGCGCCGCUGGACAAACACCUCCCGCCUGUUCAAGAACAAGGUCGCCUCCGAGGCCGUGAGGAUCGAAAAGACCAGCCCCACGGGCAAGUUCGAGGAGGUCGCCCCUUUCGUGUCGGGCAAGAGGGGCCGCGAGGUCUUCAUCAACGGCGACAAGGACUUUGGCGUCUGGACCGCCGGCCAGGUCAUCGGCUUGAUCCACGACAUCCCCACCUGCGAGCAGCUGCUGAGGAGGAUCGAGAACGAGGCCAUCGAGGCCGCCGAGAGGAUCCAAAAGACAUAUCAGCCUCAGAGUAAGCUUUGAAAGAAGUCAUCGACAAAUGGAUAGGAGAAUACAGCAUAAAUAGAGUUGGAGAGUAGAUGUAUCCUCUUUUUGACCUUGUCUUUUGGCCUAGAUGUACCGAGUAGCUCAAGAAAGAUCAAAGAAACACUGUUUAAAAUUCUCGAUGAAACUGAAAUUGUAAACACAAUUGAAGAAUCUUGCAACGAGAGGGCGGUUCCA